AGCGUCGAAGUAGCGGCACUCAAACCCGAGCUCUUGAGAAAAGAAAUAGAGUUCCUCAAGCUUCAGAAGACGCUACUAGAAAAAGAAAAUUCGAUGGCAAGUACAAGCAAAGGGAAAAGCGACGAUAUACCCUUGAAACCCUGAAGGAAAUAAUUCCAAUUUACGACGGCGGAGACGGUUUCAAGGUUUGGUACAACCAAAUAUUGCGCUAUCGCGAAAUGUUCAAAACUAGCGAUACCAUGUUGGGCGUCACUGUCCAUCUUAAAUUGAAAGGUGCUGACCUGGCAUGGUACAACGCAAAAACAACGUUCCCUAAAAGUGUAGAUGAGCUACUUGGCGAAAUGAAAGCCGUUUUUGCGUCCGGAGAUAACAAACUUGAACGCCGGCGCAAAUUCGAGAAACGAUGCUGGGUACCGGAAGAAAGUUUUGCCAACUACUUUAACGAGAAAUGCAUACUAGGCAACGAUCUUAACCUAAGCGACGAAGAGUUAGCCGACUACCUGAUGGAAGGAAUACCUGAUAGACAGCUGCAAAACCAAGCGAGGUUACAAAACUUCACGUCAGCCAACGAAGUUGUUAAAGCUUUUCGCUCCAUUACGCUGCCGGAACGCCCGACGGAAAGACCACAUACCAGCCAACGGAUGAGAUGCUAUAAUUGUAACUGCUCCGGCCACUACGCCAAAGAAUGCAGAAAGGCAAAACGUGAACCAGGAUCCUGCUUCGCUUGUGAAGCAAAAGGCUACUACGCUACGGAGUGCAAGGAGUACAAGAAAACAAAAAAUAAUUUCAAUGUUUAGUGGACUCGGGCAGUCCAGUUAGUUUGAUAAACGAAGUUGUGGUACCAGCAGGAGUGCAGUUAGAACGAGUUACAGAAUCAUAC